CAUUCCCAUGCUGACAUACAGAUAACAACAUAUAUAACAAUGACAACAAAGGAUAUCAAAGAGAUAAUUGGAGAUUAUAAUAUAUUCUUGAGGAUAUUACUUAGACAUCUGAGGGAGAGUGGUAUCAAUGUAGACUCAUUAGUAUCAGAUCAUCUAUGUUAUAGAGUAUCAUCACAAGAGAUAUAUCAAACAAAGAAAUCAGAGUUCUUGUCAAACAAUCAUACAUUGUUGGCAGAGACAAUGGUCAAUGGUCGUCUGAUAUGUACAUUCAAGUUGUCUCAGCCAUUGGUCUAUCAUGACACGGUCACUGGCACCACCAGGACCAUCGAGUUGGUUGAACUUCCCUCACCAAAGCCAAACAGACCACAGCUGGAUGGUCUGGAGCAUACAGAGUUUGUGAUUGACGAGGACUUUCAAAAGUUUAUCGAGAGACAUCGCGAUGUGAUGCGUGGACAGUGGGUGCUGCAGGCGUUGAACAAGGAAUUGAAUGCCGAUGUCGAGACAGAGUUUGAGCCCUCGCAUCUGAUGGCAGAGCGCAGGACAUUCUCUGCCAAGUUCCAUCAUCAGACUCUCGAGAAAGUUAUCGAGAUCGAAAAGGCCAUGGAGUUGGAGCAACAUAAU